AUGGAGCGGAUGGAGAGUCCGAUCCAAUCCGACGACGAAGAUCCAGCCGACGCUGGAAACUUGACGGAACAGCAGACGGAAGCGCUAUUUGGGGGCGGCGUAUUCGACAAGAAAAGGGAUCACAAAGAGAUCAUGCUCGACGUUAUCGCAAAAUCCAAAAAGCACAAGUUCGAAAGACAGCAGCAGAAAGAAGCGCAGCAAAACGACUUUGAGAAAUUGGACUCAAGCUAUUCGAGCAUCCUCAAAUUGACGAGUAAAAUGACGCGGACGAACGAUGAUAAAUACGAAGACAAGAAAGAGUUGGGAAAAGACUCAUUCCAGCGGUUGAUGAGGGAGAUGACCUUCGAAGGAAAAAUACAGCCUGGUCAAAGGGCGAAGUCGCAAGCGGAGGUUCUCGAAGCGGCGAAUAAAGAACGAUUGGAACGUAUUACCGCGGCAAAGGCGCGAAUGGAAGACGACGAAGAAGACACACUCAUCGAGAAUAACUUCGAAAGUGUAGAAACGAUUCACCAGAAGACGGAAGAGCGGAAAGAAGUUGAGCCUAUCGCGUAUUCAAUGGAGACGGGCGAGCUCAUUAAUCAUAGAGAGGAACUCUCGGAAGCGCUCAGAAACAUUCGAAAGACGGAAUCAGAUGAAGAAAUGGACGAAGAAGACGACGAGGAGGAAUUUGAAGAAAGUGGGGAAGAAAGCGGCGACGAAAAUAUGGAUGAGGAAGAUGAUGAACAAGAAGAAGAGAGUGAGAAUGAAGAACAAGCGGAGCAGACUAAAGUAAAUAUUGACGAAAUCGCCGAAGAAAAGGAGGAAUCGGAGAAGGAGAAACUACCGACCCUUCUUGACGCGAUUGACAAGUCAACGGAAAUGCUCUCCUCAGACAAAAAUUUCCGGAAGAAUUUAAUGACGUACAACAACGCGGGACGCAUCAAACUUCUGAAACAGCUAGCAGCAUCGACGAUAUCUGGAAAUGAAGCUGAACGACAGGCUCGUUUGUUGUCGCUUUUCCAAUACACUGUGCUUAGAAUAAUGAAGAAGGAAGUGUUUGACGAAAAUGGAGAAUCUGUGAUGCCCAUUUUAUUUGAUAUUUCCGAGAAGUGCAAGGCCUGCGGUGGAAGCGUACUCCAGAUUGUCCGAGAAUUUGCCGAUAAGCCUGUCUCGAUUGAGUUUGUCCGUCUCCUCCGGCUAGCUUUCACUCUCUACAGUGUUUCCGACUUUUCCCACCCCAUAACCCUCCCUCUUCAAAUGGUCGCGAUAAGAAUGCUGAGCAAAAUCAGAGCAAGAAACAUCAAUGAUAUUGCCCUUGGAUUAUAUCUUUGCGGAUUGCUUUUGAAAUCAAUUAGGCUGAGUAACCGUUUCAUUCCGGAAGUGGUGAUCUAUCUCGAGUCUGUUUUGAAUCUGACGCUGUUCUCUGACGAGAGAAGCAAGCGUAUCCUCCCCAGCUUUCGUUUGUCUAACUUGAAAUUUUCCAUCGCAGAGGAAGACGAAUCGAAAGUUCUUGAUGUUUCGACUCCGACACACACUUCAAUCAUAAAAACUGCCGUCAGAUUAGUAACAAGGGCUGCUUCUAUUCGAAAGGUUGUCUCCAGCCAGGAGAUCUUCAGCCCAUUUAAACAACUCGUGGAGGAAUUGCCUUUGGACGACGAAGAAAAGAACGAAGUCAACGAGGCAAUCGAAAAUGCCUGCAAGACUACAAAAACUUAUUUAUGUAAAAAGAAGAAAGUAACCGGAAUAAAAAUGUACGAUCCAAAGAUCGACUUUGACGGAGAUGCUCGCGCGUCUGUCUCACGAAAGGCGAAAUCUGUGAAGAGACUGGCAGAUCAGCUAAAGAAGGAAAAGAAAUCGACACUGAAGAAAUUGAAAGACGACAGCAGAUACCUUGCGGAGCAAAAGCUUCGAAAGCAGAAGGCCCUCGACGAUCAAAGAAAGCGAAAGACAAAGGCAUUAUUGGGUUCCCUGGCGAAUCAAGAAGGAGAAACGAAAGCCUUUUCAAAGAAAAAAUUCAAUCUUUUCCCGAAACUGUAA